CUUUGCGCGAGACAGAACCCGCAGCGAUUUGAUCUGUGCGCUAAGGUUUUUUUUGCGCAUCAAUUAAUCAACUAUUUCCAGCUCAGAUAAUUUUAUCGAGUUGCAACAUGAUCGGUCUGUGGAGGUGCCUAAUCAUUUCUCUAAUCGCAGUGCAUAUGGUGAUACCAGGUUCUGCAUUUAGAUGCUACGAAUGCAACAGCCGGGUAGAUCCGGAAUGUGAAAAUAAACCACCGAAAAAUUUCACCCAAGAUUGUUCGAAACUCAUCCUUCCGCGUUCAUCGACUUUGAAUACAUGGAAAUGUGCCAAAAUAAUAUUAUCAAACGUAACGAAUCACGAGAAGGAUUUAGUCGUCAUUCGUAAAUGCACGAAAAAGCACGACGUUUGCGAACUGGAACAAUUGAAAGAAGAGCACAGUAUAAUCCAGGCUUGCGCGAUAUGCUCAGAAGAUUCUUGCAAUUCUUCUACCAUGACAUUGGCUGGCUUCACGAUACUGUCGAUCUGUUUACUCACGAGCUUCGCUGGAAAAUUUAUAUCGUGAAUUAAUCUCACGCGCGAUAAAACAAUAUUCGCUUUUGUUCAUUUGUAUAGCAUUAAAAAAUAAAUAUUUUAAUGUAUUAAUUGAUUUUAAUGUCUCGAAAAUCUGUACUUGGAUACAUCUUUGGUCCAAUCAAGCAUUCAUUAGUUUCCAAAGCUUUCGUAAAAUUGUACACUUGCAAAAGGGAUUAAAUAAAUACAUUCUUGAAUGGC